AUGAGCAAUGCUUGGCAGCAGCGAGAUCUCGCGUCCGCGAUCCAGCUCUGCGGCGAUGCACGCGAUCACGCCGCUGGCUCGCGGAUCCACGCCGACAUCGCCGGCAGCAGGCGGUGGAAUGGUGACCGGUACCUCGCGAAUCUGCUCAUCGAGAUGUAUGGCAAGUGUGGGGAUCUGGGCGCCGCGCGCGCGGUCUUCGACAACUUGGGCUCCCCGAAUCGCUUCUCCUGGACGAUCCUCUUCGCGGCUUAUGCGAGGAAUGGGAAGCUGGAGGAUGCGCGGAGGGUUUUCGAGGAGAUGCCGGAGAGGGGGAUCGUCGUGUGGAAUUCAUUGCUUAGUCUUCUCGGAAAACGGGGAAUGAUCGCAGAGGCCGAGAGGGUAUUCGAGGCAAUGAAGGGAAGGAGGAAUGCUGUCUCGUGGAAUGCCAUGAUCACUGCAUAUGCCUUGCAUGGGCAUUUGUGUCGAGCGGAAGAUUUGCUCAAGACAAUGCCAGAAUCAUCAGCUUGCUCUUACAAUAUCCUGAUAGAUGCUUACGCACAAGCUGAAAAUUUGUUUCGUGCGAAGGACUUGUUCGAUCAAAUGCCAGAUAGGGAUCAUGUAUCUUGGAACACUAUGCUAGCGGCAUAUGACAAGUAUGGGCAUUUUCUUUCAAUGACUACGUUGUACAGCAAAAUGCCUCAGUUCGAUCUCGUUUCUUUCAACUCCAUGCUCGCGGGUAUCACAAAUCAUGGAUCAACCUCAGAAGCGCAACGAUUCUUCCAGAGGAUGCCCGAGAAAGAUAUCAUUUCCUGGAACACUAUGCUCCACGCGUUUGCCCGCGUGAGCGACGUCACAAGCGCUUUGGACGUGUUCCACAGGAUGCCCGAGCACGACGUAGUGACGUGGACAGCCACGCUUGCAGCGCUGUCCGGUGACGUGGACCGAGCCAAGUCUCUGUUUGAUGCAUUGCCCGCCCGCGGCCUAGUGACGUGGAACGCCAUGCUGGCAGCCUAUGCCCGUGCCGGGCAUAUCGCCCCAGGCCGAGCUCUCUUCGACGCAAUGCCUGCUCGAGACCUCUCGUCCUGGAACAUCCUAUUAGAAAUUUUGGCUGCGAAUGGAUCAUUAGAAGAGGCUGCGAUGAUCUUCAUGGCAAUGCUUCCAGAGCAUUGUUUGUUUUCUGGAAAUCUCGUGCUCUCUUCGUAUGCCCGGAGUGGUUUCGUUGACAAUGCUUUUAGCGUUUUUUCGUCGAUGCUCGAGGUGGAUUCCGUGUCGUGGAACGCUCUCCUGGGAUCUUGUGCUCGAAGCGGUCAGAUCGAAAACGCCCAGCUGAUCUUUGCGAGAAUGCCCGAGUGGAGCUUGAGCUCGUGGACGAACUUGAUCUGGAUGCACUGCCAGGGAUCAAACUUGGAAGGAUCAAAGAGAGCUUUUUAUGAGAUGCCCGAGUGGGAUACAGUGAGUUCCAACGCAAUGCUCGCCAGCUUUGCAAGAAAUGGCCAAACGCACGAAGCUCGAGAGCUCUUUGACGCCAUCUCCGACAAAGACGGGGUCUCCUGGAACACAAUCCUCGCGGCCUACGCCCAAGCCGGGGAUCUCACCUCGGCCUCGUCAAUCUUCCUCGGAGCUCCCGAGCGAUCUUCCAUAUCCUGGAACACAAUGCUCGCAUCAACUUCUGGCUUUGCUUGCGCGGCUCAAGCGAUGGAGCUCUUCCACGAGAUGGCCAUCGAGGGCCACUCUCCCGACCAGCUCUCCUUCUCAAGUUUGCUCAACGCUUGCAGCCACGCCGGGUCGAUCGACCAAAGCUUGCUACUCUUCCACGCCAUGGCCCGCGAUCACCAGGAACUUCUCAUCGAAAGCCAGCACGUAACCACGAUGGUGGAUGCUCUGGGCCGAGCCGGACGAACCUUGGCAGCUCAAGAACUGGCAGAAGAUGAUGGUAGGGACGCGGUGGCCGUGCGGUCACUGCUCGGAGCUUGCCGGAUACACCAUAAUGUGGAGCUUUCAACACGCUUGGCCGGAGAAAACUCUUCUCCACCACUCCGAAACACGGCUUUGAUUUUGACUAACUCCAGUCGUGGGUCGACUCCAGACUUCGCGGACUUAGCGGCAUCAACCUGUGGACUUGCAAAGACUGCCGCUCGCUAG